GCUGUCAACGGGAAAUGUCUUGGAACUGAACCAAAGGUUUUUAUUUUUUUCACUUUAGUACUACAUUGUUAAUACUACAUCGGUUAAUACGCAGCUCGGAAAGGGGACAGUGGGAUUGUAUUAGGAUCAGCAUAUUCCUAAAUUUCACCCAUUCUCUCACUGUCGUCUAUGAUGGAAAACAAGCGUUGCUUUGCAAACCGUUUCGCAGACUACAGAGGUGCCUUAUGCACGGGGCAAGGCAAUGAGGCGAUAGUGCCCACUGUGAUUGCGACAGUAGAGAAGAUCCUAAAGAAGGUGCCUUUUGAUUCAAACGACUGCGACGGGGGGCUGUAUGAUGGUCCAGCUGGGGUGGCAUAUAUGUUAUACUAUGUCUCGGAAUCCCCUUUAUUUUCUCAGCAAAAGGACGUCUACCUUAAAACAGCGAAACAGAUAAUAGACCUGUCCAUGAGGUACGUUGACGCGGAGCCAGACAAGAACAUGCGAGCUGCGUUUCUCCUCGGCGGGGCGGGCAUUUAUGCUGUGGCUGCCAUGGUCUACAAAGCUUUGGGUUUGUCCGACUUUGUGAGGCCCCUCACCAAAUUUCGAAACCUGUGGGAGGUGUGUGCGCCAAUUAAUUUUCUCGAGUGCGGCUCUGAUGAACUCUUCGUGGGCAGAGCGGGUUACCUCUGCGCUGCUCUGGUGCUGAAACAGAAACUGGAAAUAGAGAUACUGAGUCCGGAUCAAAUAAAGGCUAUUUGUCAGGCCAUAAUUGAGUCUGGCAAGCAGUACGCAAGAAAGAAAAGGAAAGCCUUUCCUCUCAUGUACUCGUACUACGGAACAGAGUAUUUGGGUGCGGCCCACGGCCUGUCCUCCAUCCUGCAGAUGCUGCUGUCAUACCAGGAGCUGCUGUCAGCAAGUGAGAGGGAGCUAGUAUGGCAGAGUGUGGACUUCCUGAUGAACCAGGAGCAGAACUGUAACUGGCCGGCGGAGCUGGGUGCUAUGAUUGAGAGGGAGAACGAGCUGGUGCACUGGUGCCAUGGAGCUCCAGGUGUGGCCUACUUGUUCGCCAAAGCCUACCUGAUCAACAAGAAGCCGCAGUACCUGGACACGUGCAUCCGCAGUGGGGAGCUGGUUUGGCAGAAGGGUCUACUGAAGAAAGGCCCGGGCAUCUGCCAUGGCAUUGCGGGAAGUGCCUAUGUCUUCCUGCUCCUGUACCGUCUGACAGGAAACUCCAAAUACAUCUACCGCGCACAGAGGUUCGCGGAGUUCCUGUUCACUGAUGAGUUCAAGGCCGGGUCCUGCUCUGUGAGCAGCGUUUACAGCUUGUUUGAGGGCCUCUCUGGGACAGUGUGCUUUCUGGUGGACCUCCUCCAGCCUGACAAGUCAGAGUUUCCGCUUCUCAGUGUCUUUGUGUAGAUAUUCACACAGACGACAAGACAGUGACCACCAGAUGGAGCUCAAGCAAACGUUAGUGAUGAAACAUAAUUUUUCUCUCUUGUUUGUUCUGGUGGUGGUAGUAGCUUGAGAUAACUCAGGUGGAUUAAAAAAAAAAAAAAAACUAUUAGGGUGUUUAUAUUUUAAAGUGACUGUGAUUUGUUAGGGUCAGAGGACAUAGUGCAAUUCAUGUAUUAAAAUUUGGCAGUUAGCGAAAUGUUCGUGUUUUUGGUGGCAUACAGUUGUGUGAAAGGCUUCUCCCUCUUUAGAAACCUCUGCUGUGUUCACCAGCCUCGUCAACCUCCUUAUGGUUAUUGCAGUCAUCUCCUUUACACAGAUGUAGCAAGACCACACCCCCUGUUAGCUUAGCAUUCAUCAUUUGUCACCAACCCAAUGGAUUGACUUAAUGAAGACCAAAAUAUCUCAAAAUGCCUUUUUUACAUUUUGCUACCUUUUUUACAUUUUGCUACCUUU